CCUUCGGUCACACUGCCAACACAGAUGGUGUAAUUUUUUUCUGAAUUUUCGAUCGUGCGGUUCGUUGCGCGCGCUCGUUUGGUUGUUGGCCGAUAUAUUUGUUUGAACCAAAAAUUUCGUAUUUGCGGACUACGAACUGUUUGUCAUCAAAGUUAACAACAAAAGCGAUCGUACGUUUUGCAGUUAUGCCUGUGUUGUUGUCUUCGCGUGCGCCAUACGUUUCGCGGAUUUACCGUUAGUUCGAAAAGAGAGUGAAGCGAAAGUGCAAAAAGGAAUAAACGAAUUUAAUGAAAAGUUCUUUAAGGAAACACAAACAAAAAAAGUGCCCGAAAAUCGUGUGACACACUUAAGGCCCUGGCCAGCCCCCCUGGCCGGCUUCGACGGACGGACGGACGGGCGGCGGUCGUCUCCAACUAAUUGCUGACACACAUAAUUUCCCUAACUGGCGGAACACAAGAAAACGCCGCAAAAAGAGAGCAAAAUUGAAUUUACGGUCCCGACCUUAACUAAUUUAAUGAUCAAAAGUUAUACAGUUUUUUUUCGCGCUUACUCUGUGCUCUGUGCUCGGUGUUAAUUGAAAGUGUCACGCGUCGUCCAAAUUAUAAUUCCCCCCAUCGACUGGUGCCCAUUUAUCGUGUUGUAUGAGUGUCUGUGUGUCGAGUGCAACCUGUAUGAGAAGUGGCUCAAAGUGAGAAAAGAAAUGUGCCCGAUUGUGUGGCUGGUAUUAAUGGUCGCGGGGGCGGCCCAGGCGGCGACACCCUUUGCUAAGGAGUACCGCAGCGCGGGUCUCUUCAAGGGCAACACCCUCGUCGAUUUGGAUGGCUCCACCACCCUGGACAUGGCCAUGGAGAAGCCGACGAGCAGCAGUGGCCUCCAGACGGGGGGCUUCAAGGCGGAAUCGUCGGUGAUUUUGCCGGGCAUCCAUUUGAGUUCAGGCUGCCCCGCGUCGACGAGCUCCCACUGCCUGCGCUGCAACAAGGCCGGCUGCAUCAAGUGCCCCAUGUACCUGGUCACCGACAGCCGCCAGUGCGUGGACCAAUGCCCCGCCGGCUACCUGGACCAGUGGUCGGCGCACACGGAGUUCAUGGGUCGCGUGUGUGUGCCCAACGGCUACUCCGGGCCCCUGAUGGCCGCCCUGGCCGGCCUGCUUGGCGGCUUCCUGGUGUGCCUCUCCCUGCUGGCCGUGGCCGUGAUGCUGGUGCGGCGCAAGCGGCGCAGGAAGUCCGUCAAGCAGAAACUCAUCAACGAGAACACCAUGGACCGGGCGGACUUUAUGCGGCAGCUGAACGAGAUGCGUCCCAAUGCCGAGUACUUUCUGGCCAUGCUGAACGACACGCGGCGCCAGAUCCGGAAGCUCUACUUGUCCGGCGAGGUGGCGGCGGCCAAUUCGUACCGGCCCAUUGUCCGGGACCUGGCCAAGCUGCUGAUUCUGCUGAAUCGGCCCAUCGAGCUGAUUCCCACGCCGCCGCACGACUGGUCGCGGCUGCACGCCUGGUCGGAGCAGGCCCUGGAGCGGUACAAGCCGCAGGUGGGCCAACUGAUUGACUUCUUCCAGGCCUCGCAUGGCGGAGGCCUGCGCGGCGGCCACCAGGAGGUGCUCUAUGCAGCUCCCACCAAGAAGUCGCAGGCGAGCAUCUUCAGGCACCAGCAGGUGACACCAGUGUCGUCGGCGCCCCAGGGGGUGGCCGGCGACCUGCUGGCGGGCGAUCGCAACAGCAGCGCCUCCGCCCAGCAGAAGCUGCAUCUGUUCGGGUCGCUGAUCAGCCUGCACGAGUUCGAGGAGCCGCGCGCCUCGGACCCCUUCGGCAGCAGCUUCAACACGCUGAAGAGCGGCAAUCUCAUUUCGGAUCUCAACGCCAGCUCGCUCUGGCUGGAGGAUGAGUUCUACAAGCUGGGCUUUCGACCGCAGGACGAGAUCACCACGGAGCUGUAGGGUGACCUGAGGGUGAACUGCAGCCGCUCGAAACGUUAAGAAGUAUUAAGCCUGGCUGACGGCGCUACACGGUCAUGUCUAGCGCGUGUUUCAGCCGGGGGCAGGGGCAUUUGCGUGCACAUUCCGCCAGGCCAUCAUCACAAAUCAUCGAAAUCAUCGAACAAGCAAACUGAGACGCCAUUUAGCAGCAGUCGCUAAAUGUCCACGUUUAGUUUAGUUAAAUCAGUUAAGCAAGCAAGAAAACUAGUCACGUAAAAUCACAAAACACACAAAAAACAAAUCAAAACACAAAACGAUGCCUACACGAACACUGGGAGUAGGCGAAUGGAAAAAGCAAAUGGAAAUCGCGUGGAAAAUGAAUUUAGUUUUUAUAGAUUUUACAAAAAUCGCAAACUUCAUGUAACGAACAAUAUUCAAUAUACAUACUACUAUAAAGAUAUAGAUACCAUUCAGAUAAAGAUAAAGAUACAGAUACCGAUAA